AUGAGCAAUCCAGACCAAGCCCAGUAUGAAGAUGUUGCAGAUGCCUUCAAAAGCUUGAAAGUAUCUUCACGAGCCAAACUGGUAGCUGAAGAUGGAAAAACUAAAGAAAAAGAAUUGCCUCCCAUUCCUACCCCACCCCAAAGGACCCCCUACAAACCGAGGUACCCUGCCCACCGGCGAUCGUCCGACGAUACACUUCCAACAUCUCUAAGGCCUAAUAUAUUGUCAUCAACAGUCUAUCCGCCACCUAUAUCCAUGCCCACCCCACAUACCGGCUACUCCACUGGAGACCCACUUACCACUAACCCCCUUCCAAGACCACCGGUAUUACACCAUGUACUCGCCGGAAAUGUACCACCUACCACGCCUCCGCGGCAGUCAAAUUCAUAUGUACCUCCCCGCUACAUGUCCAUGCCCCGACCAGAUGUACCUCCUUCGGAUUUUUCAAUGCCGGGGACUAUUUUGGACCCGGUCUCGCCUCCUUCUAGAGUUCCUUGGCCACCGCCUCUGGCAACUCCCUAUCGGCUCUCUAAUGAUCCUUACCUCAACGGGUUCUCCACGCCGCAACCCCCCAGGCCGCAGCCUAUUUCUCCGCCUCCUAAGGGUAGUGGGAACAAACCAAGUCAGCCACGUGCGGCAUCGGUACCUCCGGAUGACAAAGUCCCUGAUACUCAGUGUAGUGCUAUAACUAAAGCGGGGAAAAGAUGCACACGGCAGGUUAAAUCUGGACCAGCGUUGGUAUAUCAAUCGCCUGGAGUGCUCUUGGACCGCUUCUGUUUUCAACAUACCAAAGACGUCCUGCAACCAACUGGAUUUUACUCCCAUGCAAAGGUCAACACCUGGGUUACGUUCAUAGAUUGGAUACCAAACUAUUUGCAACAGGACACUCAAGCUGCACUCCGGGCGGAGAUGGAGAAGCCUGCGUCCGCAUCUGACAAGGAUGGGUACAUAUAUGCGUAUGAGAUCAGAAACCCCAAUACUCCCGAUGAAGUUCAUAUCAAAGUCGGGCGUGCGGUGAACCUCGUCAAACGUCUCGAUGAAUGGGGCAAACAGUGCGUAUCAAGGGAAGUCAUAAUACGAGGAUGGUGGCCUGGAACUAUCGAAGAGAAUGAUCAAGAUGACUCUAGUAAUCCAGUGAGCUUGCUGAAAGGAAAGAUCAACCCAGGAGAGAAGGGGAAAUAUUGUCAUCGCCUUGAAAGAUUGAUCCAUCUCGAGCUGUCCGAUGUUGCGCUGAAUUCUACGCACCUCAAACCAGAAUUUAGCAAGAAAAAGUCAACUAAAAAGGCAAAAGCUGAAGAUGAUUCAAGCUCAAGCAAGACGCCUUCGUCUUCGAAGUUGGCUUGA